AUGCCACAUGCGAUACCAGUCAACCAGCUUCCUGGACUAGGUGACGAUGAAUAUCCCGGGUUUCCAGCACAGGCAUGUCCUGCGGAGUUGCCGGACCUUUCAAAGCACUGCAGCCUGUGUGCGGACGUCCUCAAGGACAAUCCGGAGAUAUACCAGGAGCUGAAAGACCGUCAGACUUCCACAGGUGUCUCACUGGCACGGUGUAUCAAGACAGGCAUAGAUAACCGGGGACACCCGUGCCUGAAGUCAAUGGGAGCAGUGGCUGCCGAUGCGGAGUGCUAUCAGGUCUUUGCGCCUUUCUUCGACAAGUUGAUUGAAGGGCGGCAUGGGAAGGUGCCCGUGGCUCACACGAAGUGCCCCGGGCGCCGAACCCUCACAGCAGAAUCGGCAGAGCCGUUGGAGGGCUAUGUGAUCUCUUGCAAAGUCGCGGCUUCCAGGAAUCUGGAUGGGAUGCCUUUCCCACCGGCUGCUACAAGAGACCAGAGAAAAGAGGUCGAGCACAUGAUCACAGGGGCUGCGCUGCAGAUGGAAGGCGCCCUUAAGGGCACCUACUUCCCCCUCGUGGGCUCGUCAUCUUACCCGUCGAAGCCAGACGGCAUGACGUUGGAGGAGGAAAAGAUGCUGGCUGACGACCACCUCCUUUUUUCCAACCCAGAUGCGCCGGCAGUGCUCAGCACUGGUUCCGGGCGGCAUUGGCCGCACGGUCGAGGCGUCUUCGUCAAUGAGCGCAAGAGUCUCACCCUGUGGAUCAAUGAAGAGGAGCACCUGAAGGCAAUCUCUCAGAGACAAGGCGGCGAUGUUCAAGCUGCAUUUCGUGAGCUCUCAGCGGUGCUGGCACACAUCUCUGGCAACCUGGCCGGCCGGACGACUUUUGCUCGGAGCGAUCGCUUGGGCUACCUGACGUCCAACCCCGCGAAUAUUGGCACAGCACUUCGGGUCAGCGUGAUAGUGAAGCUGCCCCUGUUGAAGCAGAAGAAGGAAGAGCUGCUUCAGUGGUGCUCUGCCCGCCGGCUGGUCGGGAAGGGCGCUAUCAGCGAGUCUGGAGACCGCAUGCGUGAUUUGGUCGAGGUCUCUAGCCGUGAUCGAAUCGACAUCACCGAAGAGGAGACGGUCAACGUCUUGGUGGAAGGGGUGGCCCAGCUUGUCCGCGCAGAGCGACUUCUGGAGAUGGGCGUGGACGCAGUUGAGGCAUUGGCCCAGCAGCAAGCGCCGGCAGCGGCCUGCGCGGGCCGCAGUGCAGGAGGAGAUCUGACCCCAAUCGACGAGCUGGAAGCUGGUUCAUGGGAUGCGGCAGGCAAUACCCUCAAAGACUUGAUCAGCACCGCGGUUAUCUCGUCCAGCACAGCCUUGCAAGAGGGCGCUGAGAAGGAAGUCGUGGGAGGAGAUGCACAGGCCGACAGGGCGUUGUUGGAAUUGAAGCAGCGUCUGGCCGGCGCAAUCAUCGUGGCUUCCCAAUCAGGACAGCUGGAGCAGGCGGUCAAGGUGCUCGCUGGAGAUGUGGGCUCCAAGCAAGAGGCAGCCGCCAAGAAGAUCCAGGCCCUACAGAGGGGGAAUUCUACCCGGGCGGUCGUGCAGCAGGAGAAGGCGGAGAAAGUGGGUGCCGUGACACGAAUCCAGGCUGUGCAGCGUGGCAAGAAGACUCGAGAGGACCUCCAGAAGCUGGAGUCUCCACAAGAAGGUCGGCUUGAGAAGGAGGCAUCACCUGAAGAGCCUCAGAGCAUCAGGCCAGAGCCAGCUGCAUCCCAGGAGUACCAGGAGUUCCUGCGGCACAGGAUGGCGGAUGUUCUGUCCACGGCUGCGCAAAAUGGCACCCUCCAGGAGGCACUGGCUGCCAGCAGAAUAUGCGAGCAGGAGGAAUCUGCCAAGCCGGACAUGCCCGAGGACGAGAAGGACAUCCUGCGUGCCCAGCUGGAAUCCAGCCUUGUACGAGGAGGUCUCCAAAAGGCCCUGGCAGAAGAAGCUGACCUAGAAGAAAUCCGGCUACAGCUGCAAGCGUCCAUGAUGAAGUCGGUGUCCGAUGGUUCCUUAGAGGCGGCCUUGCAAACGGUCUUUGCUGCCGACCAUGCGGACGACGAGGAUGCCGUGACAAUUGUCGCGGAACAGCCGGGCACAUCGGCUGACGUCGCCGAGUUGGGCGAUGUGGAAAGUGUCGAGCUCGAGAUGCUCAAGGAGCGAGUCGCGCAGAAGAUGGUCAUGGCCAGCUUGGACGGCACGCUUCAGGGUGCGCUUGAGGCGCUUCAGUGGGCAAAGCCAGCAAAGCCAGCAAAGCCUGAUGUAGAUGACCUGCGCCUAAAGCUCGCUCGUCAGCUCAAGGGGGCUCUUGCAGAUGGCUCCUUAGAGGAUGCCCUGAGCAUCGAGGCCGCACAAAGAGCCAAGCCGGGCCAAAAACACACGAGGCAAGCAGAUGACGAGGCCCUGCGGGAGCGUGUUGCUUCCCAGCUAGAGAAGGCUUUGACCAACGGCUCCUUGGAAGCGGCUUUGCAGAGCGUUAAGGGUCGUCUGGCAGAUGGCUCUGCAGAGGACGCCCUGAGAAUCGAAGCCCAGGUGGGCCAAGGGCAUGGGGGGCAGACAGAUGACGAGGACCUGCGCGAGCGUGUUGCUGCGCAUCUAGAAAAGGCUUUUACCGACGGCUCCUUGGAAGCGGCUUUGCAAAGUGUCAAGGGCGUUCUGGCAGAUGGCCCCGCAGAGGAACCCCUAAGCAUCGAAGAGAAAUCCGGCCACACACACGACGAGGACCUGCGCGAGCGUGUUGCUGCCCAGCUGGAGAAGGCUUUUAGCGACGGCUCCUUGGAAGCGGCUCUGCAGGUAUGCGUUGUUCCCAAGAACGCCCAGGGGGCCCCUCACGGGGCCCAGAAUGCGGCCUUGCCGCCUGAGCCAGGCUUGGAAGAUGAUGUCGAGGCACUGCGACAGAAGCUCGCCCUUCGCCUCGAGGCCUCGGUGACGGAUGGCUCCUUAGAGGCUGUGCUAGCCGAGCAGGCUGGAGAAGCAGCCAGGGACCCGGAGGAUCUUCGGGAGAAGAUGGGUUCGCAGCUACUGGCUGCCUUGCAAGAUGGAUCCCUGGAGGCGGCGCUGGAGGCUAAUGCUGCGGCAGUCGAGGAGGACUCGUCGGAUCGCUUGAGGUCCAAGCUGGCAACGUCUUUGUCCCAGUCCUUCUUGGACGGGUCCCUCGAAUUGGCUCUCAGCACCGGCACCAGCCUGGAGAUCGAACCUUCCAAGCUACAGGUCGCCAAGCCCGUAAGGUCGCGACCACCGUCUGCAAAAGCCAUGAGCAGCGCCGUUGGGCUGCUUCAGGUGCUCUCCAGCUACGACCGUAGAGUCGGAAGACUCCAGGCCUCAAUCAACUCGGCAGAGAAUGCGAUCCGAGACCGGAUCCAACAGACGGAGCUGCUUCAGGUCCGGCUCCAGGCAGCCCGGGGUGAUUUGCGAAGUUUGAACGAGAUGUGGGUGCAGCAGCAGACGGCCAUCAACGCGGAAGACGUGCGCGCCUUGACUCUUCAGGAGGCACGGCAAAAGGCUGCCGACAGUCUGGAGCUCGAGAAGCUGAAGCGCAAACAUGCCGCCAUCGAAAUGGCCUUCGUUUGCGCGGCUGACGCGGAUGCGCAUCCUCUCGGCAGUCGAUAUGAGAUAGCUUCGACAGCUGCCUCGGGACAAGAAGCAGGCUGCAGCAGGCAGGAUUCACCACUCACAACCUGGCGGUCUCAGUGA